GCCCCGCAGGACUUUCCCUUCCUUGGCCGGAGCGCGGUCCUGGCUCCACGGCAAGUCCCCGGUGGCCGCCUGCUCAAUGCGGCCCUGUGUGCAGGCCUGGCAGCCCGCUGCCCCCAGCCCCACCCGCCGCCCCCAUUGGCUGCCCGGGCCCGCAGCGGGCUGCACCCCCGGGAAGGGAUAAGACACCGCCCCACGGGCGCUGGGGCCACUCCGGACGCGGCAGCCAGGAGGGACGGAGCAGCCACCGGGAGCCGCUGACGAACAAGGCGGAAGGCCUGAGAGGGCACCUUUCCUUUGUGGACCCCUAGGAUGUCUGAGCUGGAGAAGGCCAUGGUGGCCCUCAUUGACGUUUUCCAUCAGUAUUCCGGAAGGGAGGGUGACAAGCACAAGCUGAAGAAAUCCGAACUCAAGGAGCUCAUCAACAAUGAGCUCUCCCAUUUUUUAGAGGAAAUCAAAGAGCAGGAGGUCGUGGACAAAGUCAUGGAAACUCUGGACAAUGAUGGAGACGGCGAAUGUGACUUCCAGGAAUUUAUGGCCUUCGUUGCCAUGGUUACCACCGCCUGCCACGAGUUCUUUGAACACGAGUGAGACGGUGCAAGCAGCCACGCUGUUGCCGUGACACAGACGAGGGUCACACGAGGCAGCAGAGAGCAAGGGCUUGCAGGCUAGUAAGAGCUGAGCUUUCCAGCCGUGUUGUAGCUAAUUAGGGAGCUUGAUUUGCUUUGUCAAAGAAAAAUUCACAACGUCUUUCCCAGGGCUGAUUUCCAUGCCCCAUCAUUCUUUCUGCUCUGUUAGGCAUACGUGUUAGCGGACGGGUCCGCGGGACUCUUGGUGAUAAUCACCAAGGAGAGCGUGUGCUCUGCCUGCGGUCAUGGCUGGAGAAUCCCAACCCCGAACAACAACCUGACACCAAAAAUGGCUCCGGACAUUUGUAGUCCCUUAAGUCAAACGUGCAAAGCUCUGCCCACCACCCUCUGAAAAGGCCCUUCCUUAAAUUGGUGUAUCAUCCGUGCAAAUGAAACCCAGGGUCAUGAGGUGGUCUGACAUGCCGCCCCGCUACCCAGAGGGCGCGGUCACGUGCCGGCCCCUUUCCCGGUGGUGAGCCGUGGGUGCCGAGCAAACAUCCCAUGCUCACAGUGCUGCGGGAAGAAUGUGUCUCACGGACCAUCGAGUACUGACAUUUUAAUUCUAACCGGAACUGAGGAUCAAAAUUCCACAUUCUGUGGGACUCCUCUGCUCGGGUCACAGCUUGCUGGCUGUGUAGGGCUCGCGCGUGGCCUCUCUGCAGACAGGACCCCUUCCCGUGGCCCCCUCUCUGGUCUGGGAAGUGCCCUAACCCUCACGUGUUUGUGCUAAGACAGGGUCUGCCCGUGGCUGUUGGCGAAGGCAGUGUGCGUGGAAAGCUGAACUGUGUGCUUUGGUACCCACGAAUUCCAAGCAAGUUUCAAAUAACUCAAAUAACCAACUUACAAAUAUUAACAGUCACUUCCCAGAAAAUUCAUAUUAACCUUAUCUAUCCCCUUUCUCUGCUGCUUUUUUUAAGUGCACAGACUUGGAAAUUCAUAACCCAACUGAUUGCUUAUAUUUGCAUUAAAUAAAAAGAGCACUAUAACAAAG